CUAAUAUCACGUUUCAUGUCCAGGUAGCCAUGCCGCCUAUCUAUCUUAUCAGUCUUUUAUAAUAUUGAUACGAAUACUGAAAGGUUGUGUUCAGCAUGGCUAUCAUAAAGUUUCUUGCACCAGUAUUACUUCUUUCGGUAAGCAGUGCCCAAUUCUUCAAUUUCAACACCUGUUCCAGCAUUCUAAAAGAGGAUUGCUUUAAAUACGGCAAUGAUCCGCAAUGUGGCUCUAAUGGAGUGACCUACCGAAACAGAUGUGAUUUCUCCAAAGCCCACUGUGAACAGAAUAGUGUCCACAUUGCAUCGCAUUCUGCAUGCCCAGCCACCACAGUGCCCCCUGGUGCCUCGUCCACCAGUAAUCCAGUAGCAAGCACAUUGGCUCCUAUUCUACAAGGAAGCGAGGCUGUCCUGGACUUCUUCUGUUUGAACAUUGCCUUCAGACCUUGUGAUGCAGUUCACACCCCAGUGUGUGGCAACGACACGACCACAUACCCUAACCCGUGCGAGUUUGAGAAAACUAGAUGCACACACCGCUCUCUUCACAUAGUACACUAUGGAACUUGCAGCGACGAUCCAUUCAAUCCUUGAAGAGUUAACCUUGUGUCAGUUAUCUUAAUAUUCAAAUAAACGAUACAUCCCA